UUUUUAAUGAAUUUUUUUGUUAAUCUUUUAGUGAAAAAUGAAACGCAAAACUGAAAUUUUACUUUUUCGUUGGUGUUCGUCGCAUCAUUUUAUCGUAUUUUUUGUUACGACUUUAUUACUUGGAAUGAUCUGUGGAUACGCAAUCUCAGUUGGAUUUCAAAAAUUACCAAAUCUAUUUCCUUAUAUAAGUGAUACUGGUAGUAAACCUCCAGCUAGCUGUAUAUUUGGUAUGCUACUCAAUCUAUCUUCAGUAUUUGCUUUUAUUAUCAUUAUUAUAAGACAUUCCCAUGUGGAGAUUUCUAUUGAUAACUAUCGUGUUCACACUUUAAAUGACAUAGCAUACUUUUUCGGGUUUCUCACUGCUUUAGGAGCAAUGAUUGUUUCUAAUUUUCAAGAAAGCAAUGCUCUUCUAGUUCAUAUGAUUGGUGCGUUUAUGUGCUUUGCCUGUGGCAUAACUUAUAGUUGGAUUCAUUUAUACAUUUCGUUUCUAUAUGUAAGAGUUUUUAGUUCAAAAUUAAAACUUUGGUUUCGUUUGGCAUUUUCGUGUUUGGCAACAAUAACUUUUAUUUCAACUCUCAUCGGAGCUUCUGUGGCCAACAUUAAGUUUUCAAAAAGAACUUCUAACCAUACUAUGAUAGAGUUCGAUUCUAGUGAUCCGGGUUAUCCUGCUCAUUUGGUGAGUACAUUUUCUGAAUGGAUUAUGGUGAUAAGUUUUGCAUGCUACUUUUUAACAUUUUAUCACGAAUUUAAAAAUAUUUCCUCUGCAUUCAAUAUCUCUCAUCGUUCCGGUUAUGAAAUUUCGGCUCCAGAAUGCUAAUUGAAAAAUGUUUAAAAAUGUAUAUUAUUGAAUUUUCCUGAAAACAUUGAUUUUUAAUUUUAUAAUUGUAUAUCUAUAUGGUAAGUGAUAUAGUUUGAAAUAAAUUGACAAAUAGAACAAUA